CGUUGGAGGAGCCAGGAAGUUUUGCAACAAUAAUACAGACAUUUUUAGGAACUUCUGGAGCUGCGGGUUUUAAAAACAAAAAUGCCGUCUCUUAAUGGGAAAUCGGAAGUCAUGUUUGAAGAAGAUGACCUGCCUUACGAGGAGGAGAUCAUCAGGAAUCCGUAUUCGGUCAAGUGCUGGAUGCGCUACAUCGAGUUCAAACAGAACGGCGCCAAGUCCAUUCUCAACAUGAUCUAUGAACGAGCGCUCAAAGAGCUCCCUGGCAGUUACAAGUUGUGGUACAACUACCUGAGAGAGAGACGGAAACAGGUCAAAGGGAAGUGCAUCACGGAGCCAGCCUAUGAGGAGGUCAACAACUGCCAUGAAAGGGCACUGGUCUUCAUGCACAAGAUGCCGAGGAUCUGGCUGGACUACUGUCAGUUCCUGGUGUCUCAGUGUAAGAUCACCAGAAGCAGACGCACGUUUGACAGAGCGCUCCGAGCCCUGCCUGUCACUCAGCACCCCCGCAUCUGGCCCCUGUACCUUCGCUUUGCCCGGAACCUGCCCCUGCCGGAGACCGCCAUCCGCGUCUAUCGUAGGUACCUCAAGCUGUCCCCGGAGAAUGCGGAGGAGUACAUAGACUAUCUGCGUUCCUGCGGCAAGUUAGACGAAGCAGCAGUGCGCCUAGCAGCCGUGGUCAACGAUGAGAGCUUUGUGUCCAAGGAGGGCAAGUCCAACUACCAGCUAUGGCACGAGCUGUGUGACCUGAUCUCCCAGAACCCAGACAAGGUGACCUCCCUGAAUGUCGGCGCCAUCAUCCGCGGAGGCCUCACCCGCUUCACGGACCAGCUGGGCAAACUCUGGUGCUCCCUGGCGGACUAUUACAUCCGCAGUGGCCACUUUGAAAAGGCCCGGGACGUGUACGAGGAGGCCAUCUUGACGGUGGUGACGGUGAGGGAUUUCACCCAAGUGUUCGACAGCUACGCCCAGUUUGAGGAGAGCAUGAUCGCUGCCAAGAUGGAGACCACCUCGGAGAUGGGCAAAGAUGAAGACGAUGACAUGGACCUGGAGCUGCGUCUGGCCCGCUUUGAGCAGCUGAUUGCCCGCAGGCCCCUGCUUCUGAACAGUGUGCUUCUGAGACAGAACCCCCAUAACGUCCACGAGUGGCACAAGCGCGUCAAACUGUACGAUGGGAACCCGCGGCAGAUCAUCAACACGUACACGGAGGCGGUUCAGACCGUGGACCCGAUGAAGGCCACAGGGAAACCCCACUCCCUUUGGGUCUCCUUCGCCAAGUUCUACGAGGAGAACGAUCAGCUGGACGACGCGCGGACCAUCUUUGAAAAGGCCACCAAAGUGAACUACAAGCAGGUUGACGACCUGGCUGCCGUGUGGUGUGAACAUGGCGAGAUGGAACUGCGCCACGAGAACUAUGACCAGGCUCUGCGCAUUCUGAGGAAAGCCACAGCCAUCCCGUCCAAGAAGGCUGAGUACUUUGAUGUUUCCGAGCCGGUGCAGAACAGAGUGUACAAGUCCCUGAAGGUGUGGUCCAUGCUGGCCGACCUGGAGGAGAGUUUGGGGACCUUCCAGUCUACCAAGGCGGUGUACGACCGCAUCAUUGACCUGCGCAUCGCCACACCCCAGAUCAUCAUCAACUAUGCCAUGUUCCUGGAGGAGCACAACUACUUUGAGGAGAGCUUUAAGGCGUACGAGCGUGGCAUCGCCCUCUUCAGGUGGCCCAAUGUCUACGACAUCUGGAACACCUACCUCACUAAGUUCAUUGACCGCUAUGGGGGCAAGAAGCUAGAGAGGGCCCGUGACCUGUUCGAACAGGCGCUGGACGGCUGCCCGGCCAAGUUCGCCAAGACCAUCUACCUGCUGUAUGCCAAGCUGGAGGAGGAGUUUGGCUUGGCCCGUCAUGCCAUGGCAGUGUACGAGAGGGCCACGCAGGCUGUGGAUGACACGGAGCGCCAUCAAAUGUUCAACAUCUACAUCAAGAGGGCCGCCGAGAUCUAUGGAGUCACCUACACGAGAGCCAUCUACCAGAAGGCCAUCGAGGUCCUUCCAGAUGAACACUCCCGGGACAUGUGUCUGCGCUUCGCUGACAUGGAGAGCAAACUGGGUGAGAUCGACCGUGCCCGGGCCAUCUACUCCUACUGCUCCCAGAUCUGUGACCCAAGGAUGACGGCCACGUUCUGGCAGACAUGGAAGGAGUUUGAGAUCCGUCACGGCAACGAAGACACGAUCCGUGAGAUGCUCAGGAUCAAGCGCAGUGUCCAGGCCACGUACAAUACGCAGGUCAACUUCAUGUCUUCACAGAUGAUGAAGGCCACCACCAACGCCUCCGGCACCAUCUCAGACCUUGCCCCGGGCCAGAUGGGUGUGGACGAUAUGAAGCUCCUGGAACAGCAGGCCCAACAGCUGGCUGUCGAGGCUGAAAUGGACAAACCCAAAAUCAAGGAGAAGAUCCUGUUCGUCAGGAGUGACACGUCUCGCAGCGAGUUGGCUGAACUGGCCAAACAGGCCAACCCUGACGAGAUUGAUAUUGAUGACGAUGAUGAGGAGGAUGGUGAUGAAGACCAGGGCCCAGAUGAGGUGCAGCUGGAACAGAAGAGUGUCCCCACGGCUGUUUUCGGAGGGCUGAAGGAAGGAGAGGACUGAAUACAGGAGGAUGAGACAGUAUCAGAUCAGUCACCCAGAUACGGCAUCACAGGCAAACUCCCCUGCCACUUCUGUAAAAUGUAUGCUGAGAAUAGUUUGUAUUUUUUAUGUUGUUGAUCGUACGUGUUAUUCAUUCUGCUUUCGUAGUUUGUCAAGUGUGCACCCGAUUAGUGAAUAAAAACAUUAAAAUAA